UUUGUUGGUCUAGAAAAUUGAUGUGUCUGAGUCCAUGAGUCACAUGCGGUAACUUUUUAUUUGUAUUUAAUUUAUAUUACAUUUUUAUAAUACAUUUACACUGUUACACAGGAAUCAGCAGACCGAAGGGGACAAGUUGCAGCAAAUUAGAUUCAAAUAUACAAAAUGACAAGUAUGCACUGUAGCAUAUAGUGGCAGGUUACAUGCCUGAGCCUGAUAUUUUAACUAGGCGUUUAGUAAUCAUGGCUGUAAAUAACUUUUGUAAACAUUUUGUUGGCAUGCUGUGCUGAGUUAGGUUGCUAAUCAGUAAAUAUAUAUUCAGUUAAGAGCAAAACAUGACAUGAGAAACUUACAAAAAAUUCAGUUUGAACUUUUGACCAUAGUUCCACUUUUUUUUUCACUCCGCACUGUUUGCUGUCAAGCUGUAUGUUGAUUGGAGGCUGUCUAAUGAAGGAAGUGGAUUGUGUACACUGUAUGGGUGUGUCGAGUCACAGUUCAAACACAUUAGUCUGCCAGAGAACGGUGAAUGCACUGUACCGUGAAGGAGAAGAAAUAUAAGUAUAACGUUAGUUACUGAGCAGGUGGGCACCACAAACACCCACAUCUUAGCUAUUUCUGAGGGACUGCUGAAAUUGUGUUUGCUGUGUCCUUCUUCUCCAAACUGGACUUUGUAUCGUGUAUUGGAACAGUGUGUCGUCGCUCCGGCAAACAUGAUGCAACUCCCAUCGGUCACUGAUUGGCUCAUAAUGUCGCAUAAACUUUAGUUUCCUGGAGGAGCCUGUGUACUCUGGACUUAACUUGGCUGACAGAAUGGUGGACAAGAUAUGGAGGAAGAGCUGGCAAUUUAUAGAAAAUAGAAGGUCUUUUCGCAAUAAGAAACCCUCUAGUAAAACGGCAGAAUGUAAGAGUGAUGUGGAAGGGGAUGGACGGUCCAAUGAGAGCGGCCCUUCCCUGGACGGUGGAGCCAGCUAUGGCCAGGGCCCGGUGACUCACGGCUCGGCCAUCAGCCCCGACCGAUUUGACAGCCCGCUUUACAGCCACGGGGUCCAGCCCGGGCCUCAGAGGCCCCGUCGGCCCAAGCUUCAGCACUCACAGUCCAUCCUCCGUAAACAGGCUGAGGAGGAGGCCAUCAAGCGGUCGCGCUCGCUCUCUGAGAGCUAUGAGCUCUCUGCUGACCUCCAGGACAAACAGGUGGAGAUGCUGGAGCGUAAAUAUGGUGGACGAUUCAUAACUCGGCAUGCAGCCCGCACCAUCCAGACAGCCUUCCGCCAGUAUCAGAUGAACAAGAACUUUGAACGUCUCAGGAGCUCUAUGUCUGAGAACCGUAUGUCCAGACGCAUUGUUCUCUCCAACAUGCGGAUGCAGCUCUCAUUUGAGGGCCCCGAGAAAGUGCACAGCUCCUAUUUCGAAGGCAGGCAGGUGUCCAUGACGGAGGACGGCACCCCGCUGUCCAUGGUGCAGUCUGAAUGUGGAGAUAUAGAGGUUCACCAACAGGCCAACAUGGCAUCUCACCCACCUCCGCAGAGUGACCUGACGGAUGCCAUCACGGAGCUGGAGGACGCCUUUUCCCGGCAGGUCAAAUCUCUGGCUGAGUCGAUAGAUGAUGCACUGAACUGUCGCAGCCUUCAGGGGGACGAGGGGCCUGACCCCGAGGCCAUGGGCUGCUCUGAGGUGGAGAGGGAAGUGCCCUAUCAGGUGAAGUCCCACCGCAGGGCAGCUGGACGCAUGCACGAUGAAACGAUGGCAUCAUAUAGCGAUGUUACUCUGUUCAUCGACGAGGAGGACAUGUCCCCCUCUAUCGCUCUGUCGAGGUCAGGGGACCAACCUUCCAGCACAGAAUCAGACUUGCGGUUGCGGUCAGUCAACUCCUCCCAGGAGUACUGGCCUAUUGACCCUAAAGAUGAGGGUCGUGACACAGACACAAGCUGCCGCAGCACUCCUUCUCUGGAGUGCCAAGAGCAGCGUCUUAGAAUGGACCAUCUUCCUUUGUUGACCAUUGAACCUCCUAGUGACAGCUCUGUAGAGCUCAGUGACCGGUCCGACCGAGGCUCUGUCAAGCGGCCGCCCGUGUACGAACCCCACGGCCACAUCGUAACGUCAUCCCAGGCGAGCCCUAAACACAUUUCCCACGGACCCCCACCACGAGCUCCCUCCCGUGACGAUGACGCACCCCUGCGCCACCGCCACCGCCAGCUGGAAAGCCAUCUCGCCAUUAACGGCUCAGCAAACAGACAGAGCAAGUCAGAAUCCGACUUCUCUGACGGGGACAACGACAGCAUCAACAGCACAUCCAACUCUAACGACACCAUCAACUGCAGCUCCGAGUCCUCGUCGAGGGACAGCCUACGAGAGCAGACGCUCAGCAAGCAGACCUACCACAAAGAGACUCGCAACAGCUGGGACUCGCCCAUCUUCAGUAAUGAUGUUAUACGCAAGAGACACUACCGCAUCGGCCUGAAUCUCUUCAACAAGAAGCCAGAGAAGGGCAUCCAGUACCUGACUGAGAGGGGAUUCAUCCCUGACACACCGGUCGGUGUUGCUCACUUCCUGCUGCAGAGGAAGGGGCUGAGCAGGCAGAUGAUUGGAGAAUUCCUGGGCAAUCGACAGAAACAGUUCAACAGAGAUGUUUUAGACUGUGUGGUGGAUGAAAUGGACUUCCAGGGCAUGGAGCUGGACGAGGCCCUCAGGAAAUUUCAGAACCACAUCCGUGUCCAGGGCGAGGCCCAGAAGGUGGAGCGGCUCAUCGAAGCUUUCAGCCAGCGCUACUGCAUCUGUAAUCCCACAGUGGUGCGACAGUUUAGGAACCCUGACACCAUCUUCAUCCUGGCCUUUGCCAUCAUCCUCCUCAACACUGACAUGUACAGCCCCAACGUAAAGCCCGAGAGGAAGAUGAAGCUGGAGGACUUCAUCAAGAAUUUGAGAGGUGUGGACGACGGAGAGGACAUCCCCAGGGAGACUCUGGUCGGUAUCUAUGAGAGGAUCCGUAAGCGAGAGCUCAAGACCAAUGAAGACCACGUCUCGCAGGUGCAGAAGGUUGAGAAGCUCAUCGUGGGAAAGAAACCGAUCGGAUCACUCCAUCACGGCCUGGGAUGUGUGCUGUCACUGCCCCAUCGCCGGCUGGUGUGUUAUUGCCGCCUGUUUGAAGUGCCAGACCCCAACAAGCUUCAGAAGCUGGGCCUGCAUCAGCGGGAGAUCUUCCUGUUCAAUGACCUCCUAGUGGUAACCAAGAUUUUCCAGAAAAAGAAGAACUCAGUGACGUACAGCUUCAGACAGUCCUUCUCUCUGUACGGGAUGCAAGUCAUGCUGUUUGAAAAUCAGUAUUACCCAAAUGGAAUCAGACUUACAUCAGCGAUACCAGGUGCGGACAUCAAAGUCCUCAUCAACUUUAACGCGCCCAACCCCCAGGACCGCAAGAAGUUCACUGAUGACCUACGAGAGUCCAUUGCCGAGGUCCAGGAAAUGGAGAAAUACAGAAUAGAGUCUGAGCUGGAGAAGCAGAAGGGGGUGGUGAGGCCCAGCAUGUCGCAGAGCUCCGGUCUGAAGAAGGAAGCUGGCAACGGGAGCAUGAACCGCGCCAGUCUGGAUGACACCUAUGCCAUGGGAGAGGGCCUGAAGAGGAGCGCCCUCAGCAGCUCCCUGCGAGACCUCUCCGAAGCAGGCAAGCGGGGGCGUCGCAGCAGUGCAGGAUCACUAGACAGCAAUAUGGAAGGGUCCAUCAUUAGCAGUCCACACACACGCCGGAGAGCCACCACGCCGCGUGAGGGCGCACCCCGCAGCCAUCCCUCCAUCCCUAACUCAGCAUCGACUUCCAUCCUCGGGUCGCUCUUUGGCAGCAAGCGAGGCAAACCGCCAUCCCAGAGCCACCCCCCUUACCCUCCAGCCGGCCACCCCACCCUCAUAUCCCAUAAGCCUCACCCGACAAACCUACACCACACAGCACAGGCGGUGCACGCAGUGCAAGCCCAACACCAAGGUCAUCACCCCCAGUACUGCCAAGUCCCGCAGAACCCACCGCCUUACCACCACCACCACCACUACCACCCCCCUCCCCACACGCAGUACCACCAGCACCCAGCCUACACCUCACAUGCACACCAACACGCCCAUUCACAGCACAGCCAUUACAGCCAGCAUUCCCAUCACACAUCACACUCCCAGCACGGUACCCACCACCACAGUCAGCAAGCGGGUUCAGCACCUGGCGGACCCAAACCCAAACACAGUGGCAUCAGCACCGUAGUGUGAUGCUCCUAACACAGAGAGGAGGAAGCGUGGAGGGGACUGAAUGAAGGAGGGACAAUUGCUUACACCAAAGGGACUGACAGCAUAACUCUAUGGCCUGUCCACUGUGUUUUACUGCUGCUGUGAUGGAAACCAAUCACACGCAGUCACCUUUUUCACCUCGAGGUCCAACAAAUAUGCAGGAUGGAAAUCGGACUCAAAUCUUCCACUAGGGGCCUUUUACUAGUUUGCCUGAUCAUGGGCUUGGCCCUGUCAGGGUUUUGGGUUGGGGGUGCGGGGGGGGGGGGGUUCUGUACAGGAAGAUGCUCUUUGUUUUCCACACACACAUACACACACACACACACACACACACACACACACACACACACACACACACACACACACAAACACACACACACCACCCGGCCGUGUCGGCUGAAGAGAAAAUGGGUUUUUCUCACCAAGUCGCUCCCCACUGCUUCACCCCCUCAAUAGCCUGUCUUACCUUCAUGUAAUCAGGAGGGAAGACGACCUGAGACGAGAACAUGGCUGACUUGUUUUCUCUGUCACAGUGAUGGCAUAAUUUCUUGUGCACAGCCUUUUUCGGAAGUCAACUCUCAACUCUUUGGUUUGCAGAUCCUCCCAUCAUACGAAUGCUAUUUGUUGUUGCCUCCCGUAGAGCUCAUAUGUAGUGAAGAACCUAGGUAUAAUCAUUUCACACUAACUUAAAUCAAAGGACAGGUAAACAACUCUGAGUCAACCAUCUCAGUCAUAGUAGUUCUAGUGCUGUAUUUACUGUAGAUGACAGCUAUAUGUGUUGUCUCCUAGCUCUCAUAAAUAAAUGUGCCAAUUAUUAAUGCAUAAUCUAUUUAGUCAAGACUUCAUGUACAGUAUAUAUUGUGCGUAAAGUAAUUUGUAACAUUAUACUUACAAUUAUUAUUAUCAGCAAAAAUGAAUUUUAUCAGUAUUAUACUGACUCUGUGGUAACGGGAUGUAGAUCUGAAAGGAGUGAACUCCCAUUCAGUCCAGCCUAUAAUCUAUUCUGGAAUUCUUGCCUUUCAAAUGGAUCAGACGGAGCCUCUGGAUGGCAGCUGUUGCAUAUGGGCCUCGGAAAUUGCUGUGCUGUCGCAGCUGAGGCCUCGAAGCCGACUUCCUGUCAACUCUCACAAAUGAUAAACUGGGCUGAUUGGUUGUUUUAAUCUCAGCUUACGUCUCGCACUGUGGCUGUUUAAACUAAAAAAAAAAAAAAAAAGUAACGAAGAUCAAGAGUGAAAAGACACUCUGCAGCUCAGUUCAUGUUAUAGAUGGACCCACAGAACGUGUUGAACAUGUCAGAGUCUGUUGCCUUUAGCAUAUACAACAGCUGCUCUCUCCUGACUCCGCAAAUCAAAAACAAUAAUACCUUUCAAAUCUUCUUUUGCCUUGUUUAGUAUAUUUUUUUUAUUCACCAACGAGGUUUGGUGAGUGAAUAAAAUCGGUUCUUACAUAGUGAAGUAUUUUUUUCAUCGUUUUUCUAUCAUGUGUGCAAUAUCUUUGUACUGAUUUUGUACAUUAAGAACAAGCAAGGUGUCCCUCCAAUUUGUGCGUUUUUCAUGUUGCAUCAUUAUUUAUUUAUUUUCUUUUUUUUGUUUUUGACCCCCUGUCAGAGUCUUUCAGUAAAUUAAUGUGUGGCUGUCCUCGUGGUCUUACGAGCGGUACAGACUUGGAGUUCAGUAGAAUGUCUAGUGAGUGAUAUUUUUUUUGUUUUGUUUUGUUAUUUUUGCAUGUAAUGUUAUUGAUGUGAGGCUAUCCUCUGCACAUUGUAUAACAAAAUCAGUGUUACCAUAGCAAGUUUAAGUGCAAUCAUGUUCAGAAAACGCAGACUUGUACUUAAGAGUGGAGAUAAGUCUGUUAUCUUGUUGUCCAGGAUGAGAUUCAGGUGAAAAAAAAAUAUCUUUUUUCAUUUAAGAAUAUAUAAAUACUUACUUAUACAGUUCACAGUAGAAAGAGGAAUGUGUGUAUAUAUUUUAAUAAAAAGGAAUAUGCUUCUCUUUGGGCUGAACAGAAAUAUUUUGCUGGAUAAGCACAUAUGAAAGAACACUUUCAUUUUUUUCAGGAAAUGCAGUUAUAAUAUACAAAAUGCAAACUGAACAAAGGAACUGGGUAUAUGUAAAGAAUAACUUUCUACAUUCUACAAAUAAGAGUCUAUUUAGUGUGUAAAUUAGUGACGGUAAUCUGUUUGUCCCAAUAUUCAGGUUGUAAAUGUAUUUUAACAUUCACAAAGAAAACCAUCGCCAUAAGUCAGGCUUACUCUCACACAUUAACAAAGAAGGUUCAGAUGGCAGACAUAUCACAUGUGGGACAUUAAUGAUCAGCUGAAUGUGUGCUUCCAUUGUUUCCAUUUUUUUUUACUACAGUUCUGAAAUCUUGGGAUGAUGUAAAACCGAGGAAUCUGUUUCUGUUAUUUUAGUGUGUGUUGUAGUGCUUCCAGUGUCUACAGUCAUUCUUUGUGAGAAAGUACCCCAACAAUGCACUGCAUGGAUCUGAUGCAUCAUGUGUCCUAUUCACUGUGAGCUGAUGGGAUAGAAAAAAAAAAAUCAGCCUAUAAAUUUUGACUUCUGCUUUGGUUUUGACUCAUUUGGACUUUUCCUGAUGUUGACGUGUUCUUGUUGUUUCAUGUUAGGCUGGUAGUUAUUAAAGCUCAGCAUGCAUUUCAUCAACAAAGCCAUUGUGUAAAUUACAAACAUAAAGAACAUUGCACUUCUGUUGCUGAGGGCUCUCAUCGUGUAAAUAUGGGAUUUUGAUGUGUAAACUGAAACUGUGUGGUAGGAGGGUUUAUCUUUAUGAAGCUGUAAAGGGACCAAGACAAGGGGCUGUACAUAAUGUGUAUAUGAUCAGUACUCUAUUCUGAUAUCUGCAGUCAAGAUCAGGAUGUAUAUACAUCACCUCAUAGAUGGAUGUGAGGGGUGAUAUAUGAACAUAUCGAUUGUCUCAGCCUCCAGCUGUCGGGAAUUGACAUUUGCUGUAGAAAUAAAAAAAAAAAUGACUGUUAGAAAGUUUGUUGCCAUUUACAUCCAGCUCUCUUUUCAUACAUGCAACCCCCCCCCACACACACACACACACACAAACACAUACAUACUGUACACGCGGACACACGUACACACAUCCUGCUGCAAGCUGUUCAGUGUGGCGUGAGACACAUUUUUAAAAAAAAAAAAAAAAAAAAAAAAAGGAAAGACAAGAACGGCCUCAUUUAUAUGUGCAUUCUGUUUGUACAGUGAGUAGUGAGUCAGUAAAGACCCCAGUUAUUGUAAAACUUCAACUGUGACAAUGUUGAGAACGCAAAAUAAAUGAAUAUAUGACUUAUGGUA